CUUAAAAACACGUGUUGAGCCGAAAGCGUGGAGUUCAGAAAAACUACGAGGGAGUUGUGUGGGAUCACGGAGAAAUUGCCAAAUUAAGUCUUCGUCACGCAGGACUAUGCCAUCCUACGCACUCAAUCAGUUUUUUGAUCUGGAUGAUGUCCUGUGCAAGCACCUUUUAAAUCUUGAUCUUCGAGAGCCAAUGAAACCCUCACAGGCAGCUGCUGUUGGAUACAGGAAGCCUGACAGUCCCUGCACACUUUCCUCCACCGGUUCAGGACUUUCUAUUGACAGCAUUGAGAGCGGUACCAUGAACUCAAGCUACUGGGGUCCACAGAAAGUAUCGUCUCAGUCGAAGUGGAGCAAGGUGUCCUUUUGGUCCGAGCGCUCCGUUAGCAUGGUGGAGGGCAACACUGGAAGUCUGGGUUGGUCGUCGGCUGAACCCGGUCACUUAAAGCAAUCCACGGUCACAUCAGGCCCAGUUUCCCUCUCCGGGUCGACGUCUUCGAUCUCCGCGACCUCGUCGCGCUACAAGACCGAGCUGUGCCGUACGUUCGCCGAAAGAGGCGUGUGCAAAUACGGCGGGAAGUGUCAAUUCGCACAUGGUGCCGAAGAGCUUCGAGAUCUUAACCGUCACCCAAAAUAUAAGACUGAACCCUGCCGCACUUUCCACUCCAUUGGCUUCUGUCCAUACGGCAUCCGCUGUCAUUUCGUUCACAACGCCGAAGACGAUCAAACGCAGGCCCGACCCCAAACUAUCCAGCGGCCUCCGCUUCUCAAGCAGAGCUUCAGCUUCGCCGGGUUUCCCACAGCUCCGCAACCCCUAGAAGCCCCCCUAGCUCCUUCUUCGUUCCUGCGCGCACCUUCAGCUUCAACACCUCCGUCGACCGCCAUGUCUGACCUUCUCUCUCUGGCCUUCCCUGAUAUAGACCCCAACACUCUUCUAGAUCAAGCCCGAGAGUUGCAUCCUCAAUUUCUGCCUUCUCCCGACUCCGGCUACUCUCAUUCAGGGCUGACGCCCACUUUGUCGCCCACCCAGCUCGCUCCUUCCCAGCCCGAGGCCUGCUCACGACAGAGUCCCACCGGCGGGGCUUCCCUAGGCCUCCGAAGCCUAUCCCACACCUCUCUCUCAGACCACGAAGGUGGCAGCUGCAGUUCAUCCAGCAGCAUGAGCGGCUCAGAGUCGUCCUUCGGACCAGAAGCCGCAGGGCGCAGGCUUCCAAUCUUCAGCCAGCUUUCGGUGCCUGAUGACGGCGUCUACAACGAAGGCAGCUCAAGCUUCUUUCUGUAGACAGUUGCUCCUCAAAGACUGAACUGUAUACUGUGGUAUACCUACUGUAUUAUAUGGCCGAUACUUGACAUUUUAGUUAAGCUCAGAGUGAAACAUACUGUUUGAAGGUACUGAAUGUUGAAAUGUGUCUUUAAGUGGGGUUUCAUGUGCUUUUAUCUGAAGCAAUUCACUGCGUUUUAUUUUUGAUGACUGAAAAGACAAGUGGGGAAAAGAACUGACUUGGGAAAAGCUGCAAAGUUCAUGCGUCAAGAUGUUGUUUGGUAACGCGUAUGAAGCUGUUAACUCUUAAGAUGCCUUUAGCAAUCAGCUAUUUAGAUUAUUGUACCGAAAUAGCCAAAGAAAGGUUAUGACCAGGUCUUUAAAGGUCUUUUUCAAUAUUUGAGAGAUUCAUUGUACUCUUUCUAACUAGAGACCAAACUUUUUGUUUGUUUCUUCUUCUCAGUUGUGUACCGCCAUUGUAAACCAACUGUUUAUGAUGUUAGACUUGACUUUAUUUGGUUGUGUUAGUCUGCAAUAUCGUUUUGAGUUCCAGCUCCGUAUUUUUUUUUUUUUUUGAGAUCAGAGUUUGGUUCGUUCCCAGACCUACUUGCCUUAAGUUUUCAGAGGAAGCGUACGCAAAGCCUCUGGAAGUGCACAGUUGGAGCUUUACUUGGAAUGAGUUGCCCGUUUCAUAGUUUUUGGUUGUGUAGCUGUUAUUGUGAGUUUAGGCAAAUCAAUUUAUUACUGUACGAGCCUUUAGUGGCCUUGUGUUUGGUUUAGUUUUCAUAGCUGGUUCUGAUGGGUCCCUUUUUGCAUCUGAUUGUCUGAAAUGCCCCUGUUGGCUUUGUGUUACAUGAUGGAGAGUUCCAAGUAACUUAAUUUCCUUUUUUAUUUAUUUUAUUGUAUUUAUAGAAAACAUGUUUUUUGAUAAUGUUUGUAUUAAGUUUAAUAUAUUGAUUUCUGCUCCCUACUGCCCCCUUCAUUUUGUACUGAAAAUAAACCCUGUUGUUGAACAUUGA